AUGCUUGGCCCAUACAAGCUGCGUGCUGCGACGACCAGGCGCAUCUUCGCCUCCGCCCUCGCCCUGGUCGGGGCUGCCGGGCCGAGGUACCUAUUCUGCCAGAAGUCUGCCAUGGCAGCUUCGAGCCAGGAGGCGGUCCAGCCCAGCAAGCGCAUCCGACUGACGGACGAGCCAUGCAUCGUGGCGAUGCAAAGGAUGCUGCGUGGCAAGGAGGGCAUUAUGUCCCUAGCUCAGGGCAUCGUGCAUUGGGCGCCGCCAGUGGCUGCCAGCGAGGCAGCCGCAAAAGCGGCAGGCGAGCCUGACACGAAUUCAUAUUGCGCAGAUGAUGGAUUGCCGGUCCUGCGGGAAGCUCUGAAGGAGAAGCUGCGCCAGGAGAACGGCUUGGACGGCGUAGAGGUCAUGGUGACGGCAGGAGCGAACCAGGCCUACACGAACCUAGUGUGCACUUUGCUCGACUCGCAGGAUGCAGCUGUCUUGUUCAGCCCCUUCUACUUCAACCACCGGAUGGCAUUGCAGAUGACCGGGGGGCACGCCUCUGUAGUGCUUGCGCCAAGCACACAGGACUACCUCCCGGACGUUGACUGGCUUGAGAGGAGGCUGGCGGAGCCACCGGUUGGCGAGCGGAUUCGCAUGGUUACAGUCGUCAACCCUGGCAAUCCAACCGGCAUGAUCCUACCGAAAGCGAUGCUCGAUCGGUUGUCUGCUCUGUGCAAAAAGCAUGGCGCUUGGCUGGUCAUGGACAACACCUACGAGCAUUUUACGUACGAAGAGGACGGCCACCCGUCCCACAGCUGCGUCAGUGGAGACCACGUGGUGAACGUCUUCUCAUUUAGCAAGGCCUUUGGAAUGAUGGGAUGGCGCGUAGGCUACUUGGCGUUCCCACCCAGCCUGCUGCCGGAACUCAUGAAAGUUCAAGACACCAUCGCGAUAUGCCCGACGGUGGUGUCGCAGAAGGUGGCACUUGCUGCGCUAGGCGCUGGCAGGGCGUGGGUGAAGGAACACGUCCGCGGCCUGAAAGAGAACAAGCGUCUGGUAAUCCAAGCUCUGACAGAAACGCUCGGCCCCGGCAGCGUUGCAGGCGGCUCGGGCGCGAUCUAUCUCAUGGCAAAGCUGCCCAAAGGUUUCGAAAACGACACGCGCGUAGUGGAAUGGCUCAGCGAAAAGCAUCGCGUUUGUGCCAUUCCUGGCUCCGCCUGCGGCGCCCCGGGGGAGAUCCGCGUCUGCUACGCGAACCUGGCGCCCGAGAAGUGCGCCGAGGCAGCGAGGCGCCUCAAGGCCGGGCUCAGCGAACUCCGUGAGAACGGCCCGACAAUUUUCCAGUGA